AACAGUGACAAUAAGUUUCCUAAUUUGAUGAUAAACAAUACUUAUAUAUUGGGUUUGCAUUAAGGCCCAAUAACACUCCAAUAUGACGCCGUGGUGCCUAUUUCUAGUCUUGCUGAUACAGGGUUCAUUCACAUUCGCAAAUGGCGAUGAACCUGACAGCGAGUCUCGUGAAAUUCUCAACCAGAAACCGGAAUUUGAAGAUAAUGUUGUUAAAGACUUCAGCGACGCAAACAAGGACUGGAUCGACAUGUUUUUAGAAUCAACCCCAUCAGGACUCUACCCAUCCAGCUCUGCUGCUAUAAUGGCACAUGCCACCAGCUCUGACAAGUCUCCUGAAGAACAACUCGAAGUUAUGAAAGAAGUGAUUCACCAAAUAACAGAAGCCAUAGAACAUGAAAUGACAAAUCUUCUUUCAGAUGCUAUAGCUCAUUGUGAAAAGGACGAGGGACAUGCCAAAAAGAAACGAUCAAUCGAAACCCCAAUGGACAGCAGCCAACUGGUUAUGAGGCUUUUAAAGCACAUUAAGUCAAAUAACGAAUAUCAGAACAUUGCAAUUGAAAAGAUGAUGACAGCUCAAGAGAUUGCUGAUAAAUAUGGCGUCAAAUAUAACCCUGACGAAGAUGUUCUUGCUGAUCUUGCAGCUUUCUCUUCUAAACAGUCUGAAGAAUUGGCGUCAAUUUUGGGCGACGCAAACGCUAAAGAAGAAAUCGUAUUUGUGCCGUUGGAAAACGAGGAUAAGAAAGAAAACGUGCCUGAAAACAACACGUAUUACGUAUACGCAACGCACGUUCCUCAAGAAGAGAUUCAUUCGCAAUUUAACUCUUACCCUCCUCACGAGUACAUGCCAGAGAGAGUUCAAUUCAUGCCCCAACCUCAGCAGCAUUACCAACAUCCUCACCACAGCCAUCACAACUUUCCCGAAACCCAAAUACCAGCACCUCAACACCAUGCGCCUGCCCCUCAAAGACCUUACCAUGAACCAACUUACCCUCGAGAAUACCAUCCCUAUGGCCCUAUGGAGCCUGUUACUACUACAACAACUAUAGUGCUUCCUUACGAGGAACCAAUAGCACCCGAACCCGAAUUAGUAGGACAGGUUUUCGAAGAAACUGUUUCGAAUAAAGUUUUCAUUGAGGCGGGCGAAGAACCAGGCUCGACGGAUGUUAAUCACGUGAUGACAUACACUGUUUCAGAAAAGUCGCACUUUAAAACGCCUGAAAUUGAAAAGUUGCCACAGCAGAUGCAGUAUUACUUCUUUCUGAUGAAUUAAUUUAAUUGUAGUUACACUGUAAGCGGUUAUUAUUUUAAUGUGUAUGUUCAUUCAGUUUGGGUCUGUGUUUGAAAAAGUUCUUACAUAGAUAGAAAAAUAACACACAAACUUAACUUAUCUCAAAUAUUUAAUAAAUACAUUACAAUCUUAAAUAAUAAGUACAUCGAUAAAAUAACUGAACCUUUUGGUACAUAUUUUUGGUUAAUUUUGACUGGUUUGCACUCGUCAAUCUCCAUUUGGAAACAAAAAGAAUACAUUAUUAAUAUUAAACACGUACUCCCUGUC